AUGGAUAGAUCAAGGAAGCCUUCGGACAAUAAGCUAAGGAGAGUCGACAAGGUCAAAUUUAGGGUACCGAAGCACCAGGAGGUGACCCGGGCGAUAGUCCUAGUGGCGCUUACCUCUCAGGAGGCCCAUCAACAGCGCUAUGCUCCCGGUAUCCCGCUCCGGUGUCCGGUUUACGGAGGAAGGCACCCGGCCUGGUCGAAAGAAUGCCCUAAGAAGUCGAAGGUCCUAGCAAAGGCCAAGGAGGCAUACCAGUUCCGACCGUGGACCUACGAAGCAGUCUCAACUGAAGAGGAUAAGGGGGAGACCGAUAUAACAGCCGCAGCCCCAUACCGGGCUGCCCGGGACCCUCAACAGACUAGGAUUAGCUUCAAGCCGGAUAGGGUAUAG